AUGGCAAACAGCCUGCGUCUAUACCUCCAAUGCGUCCGGUCAACACUGACAGCUGCUCUUUGUAUCCAGGAUUUUGCGUCUCAGGUAGCAGAACGACAUAAUAAGCCUGAAAUUGAAGCAAAAACAUCGUUUGAGACGAUUCUGAACCCAUUGCUUAUUUCCCGUAACGAAAACGAGCAGGUUUUGAUUGAAUCAAGCAUCAAUAGUGUCCGUGUUAGUAUCCGGAUCAAGCAGGCGGACGAUAUAGAGCAUAUUCUUGCACAUAAAUUUACUCAGUUUUUGAUGGGACGUGCAGAAGCUUUUGUUAUUCUGCGUAGAAAGCCUGUUAAGGGAUAUGGGAUAUCUUUUCUGAUUACAAACAAACACACUGAAGCCAUGUUGAAACAUAAAAUUGUUGAUUUUAUCAUUCAGUUUAUGGAGGAUGUGGAUGCAGAAAUUAAUGAAAUAAAACUAUUUCUCAAUGGACGUGCACGCUAUGUUGCCGAGAACUAUCUCCUUCAGGUACCCUUUCUUUUACUGUAUAUCUCUAACACACAAAGCUCGACUAGUCUUCAACUUUCACUAACUUUUGGCAACUCUGGCAAUAUUCAAACACAAAUUAUAUCUAUUCUACAAAACUAA